CGUUCUUCUUGGGUGCUGCAGACUAGAUGAAACCGUGCUUCUGCUUCCACCAACCCAAAUCUCAAACCGGAAAUGGUAAAAAUAUGAAAUACAUCCAGCAAAAAUAAUGACUCGGGGAAAACGAAAAAUGGACCAGCCAGGGUACUUGUGGCGACGUUGAUCUGCUGCACUCAGGUGGAAGAAUCGAGCUCCAACCAGCAGUUGCCGCAACAACCCACCACCCAUGUCGCCGCCACCAUUUUCUCCAUCAUCGGCACAAUUUUUUGUGCUCAUUUACCAAUUGUUCUUAUUCAAGAAUUAUUCUCCAUUACAUGUUAUUCUGUAGACGUUUAUUUUGUAUUUUUGAUUUUUAAAGGAGUAUUUGUUCAUUUUCGUGCUCUAGUUUGCCUAUUAGAUUCAUCAUAAUUUGUUCAUUUGUGUGUACUUGUCAAAAAAAAAAAUUGUUUAUUUGUGUGUAACUGAAUAUUAACCCAUAUUGUUUUUAGCUCAUUCAUAAUUUCUUUAGAAUUAUUAUUGAAAUGAUUCGUUAUGAUCUAAUUUAAUAGACUUGGGAGAUGAAGAACAUUCAAGAUUUUGAAGCAAUAAGAUCUGGUAAAGUUAGAAAACAAAUUGUCAGCGUCGAUUUGAGGUGGGUGACUCAUUUAAUGUCAUUGUAGAGAUUAGGUGGGACUGGUAAGGGGAUGACGGUGAGAACAAUGACCCGAUGCCCGAAGGUGUACCAAAAGUUUACUCAUUGAAGCUCGUGGAAGAAUAAAAAGAAAUGAAAAGAAGAAGAGAUGAAGAAAAUAGAAAUGGAAAUAUGGGAAGAAGUAGAGAUGAAGCCGAACUCAAGUUUGCCUGUAGUGUGAACGCAAUAAGGGAGCUUUGGGAUUUGGAAAAGAGCACCUUCCUUUCCUAAAGCUAGACCGAAUCAUCAAUGGCGCAGGAAACAAAGAGGUAUGCUGUUGUUACAGGAGCAAAUAAAGGUAUUGGUUUUGAAAUAGUUAGACAGUUGGCUUCAAAAGGGAUCGUAGUGGUGUUGACAGCAAGAGAUGAGAAGAAGGGUCUUGAAGCUGCUGAUAAACUGAGAGACUAUGGUCUCUCUGAUCACGUGGUAUUUCAUCAGCUCGAUGUUUCUGACCCUGCUAGCAUUGCUUCUUUGGCAGAUUUCAUCAAAACAAAGUUUGGGAAACUUGAUAUCUUGGUGAACAAUGCAGGGAUAAGCGGAGUGAAAGUAGAUGCUGAUCUGGCAGGAGCCGAACUUGAUUGGGCUAAUCUGCCCCAAACUUAUGAGUUAGCAGAAGCAUGCUUGCAAACAAACUACUAUGGUACUAGAGGAAUGGCUGAAACACUCAUUCAUCUCCUCCAAUUGUCUAAUUCACCAAGGAUUGUUAACGUUUCAUCCAGCCUCGGAAUGAUAAAGAACAUACCAAACGAAAGGUCUCGAGGAGUUUUUGGUGAUUUUGAAAACCUUACAGAAGAGAAACUGGAUGAGAUAGUGAAGGAGUUUUUAAAAGAUUUUAAAGAAGGUUCACUGGAAGCCAAAGGCUGGCCAACUUUUCUCUCUGCCUAUACAAUCUCAAAAGUAGCAAUGAAUGCCUACACAAGGAUCUUGGCCCAGAAGUACCCAAGUUUCUGCAUCAACUGUGUAUGCCCUGGCUAUGUCAAAACCGAUAUAAAUGGCAACACUGGCAUCUUGCCUGUUGAAGAAGGUGCUGCAAGUCCUGUCAGAUUAGCCCUACUCCCGGAUGGCAGUCCUUCUGGCAUGUUUUUUGUUCGGCAAGAAGUGUCUUCUUUGUGAAUGAAAAGGCAAUCCAUUUAUUCAGAUGGACAAUAUUUGUCAUAUUUGCUUGUGAGCUGUAGUUUCUGUAGCACUCUCUGGUUUUACUAUAUUAUAUAAUAAGAUUUUCAGAUUCUAAAAUUGAACUUAUGAACACCAAUGUGAAAAUUGCAUGUCAAAUGCAAGUAACUUUUUAUGUCA